AGUAUUACAGUAAUACUUAAGGCUUCUCUCGGUCGUUCGUGGAUUGGGAAUAGUGAAUCACGAGCGCAGCUGGAUGACUUUACAAACCGUGUCGAUCUAUAAGCUAUAUACCUGAUAUCGAGUGCAACUGUGAAAUAACUCAAAUUUUCACAAACGACUUUGCGUUGGAAAUUCAUCCGUUUUGACAGGCAGCGAUAUCUGUGCGGGAGUAGACCAGAAGUUUUGCCUUUUUAAGCUGGUUGUUCUUUCCAUCGCCAUGUCCUCCGGUGAUGUGUCGGAGCAGUGUCGGAGCAGGUUUUGCGUGUUAUCUUGGGAGCAGGUGCAACGUUUGGACUCUAUUCUUGGCGAGACGGUUCCAGUUCACGGACGUGGAAACUUCCCGACGCUUUCGGUUCAGCCGCGACAAAUUGUUCAGGUGGUUCGAACACGGUUGGAGGAGCGAGGAAUCACCGUUCGAGAUGUGCGACUGAACGGCUCGGCUGCCAGUCACGUUCUGCACCAGGACACGGGGCUCGGAUACAAAGACUUGGACCUGAUUUUUGGAGUUUCUCUGUCAGAUAACCAAGCCUUCCGCGUGGUCAAGGAUGUGGUUCUCGACAGCCUGCUGGACUUCCUCCCCGAGGGUGUCAGCAAGGAGAGAAUCUCAGCACUUACUCUGAAGGAGGCUUACGUACAGAAGUUAGUGAAGGUUUGCAACGACAACGACCGCUGGAGCCUCAUCUCGCUCUCCAACAACACCGGCAAGAAUGUUGAGCUUAAGUUUGUGGACUCUCUCAGGCGCCAGUUUGAGUUCAGCGUGGACUCCUUCCAGAUAGUCUUGGACUCCCUUCUUCUGUUUGACCGCUGUUCAGAGACACCCAUGUCGGAGUCCUUUCACCCGACGGUGUUGGGCGAGAGCAUGUACGGGGACUUCGAGGAAGCGCUCGGCCAUCUUUGCAACAAGGUCAUUGCAACGAGAAACCCAGAGGAGAUCCGAGGAGGCGGGCUUUUAAAAUACUCCCACCUUUUGGUUCGAGGGUUUCAGCCGACCUCAGAAACAGAGAUGAAAUCGCUCCAGCGAUACAUGUGCUCUCGGUUCUUCAUUGACUUUCCGGACAUAGGGGAACAGCAGCGAAAGCUGGAGGCGUACCUGCAGAAUCACUUUGCUGGAAUGGAGCACAAACGGUAUGAUUGUCUGGUCACGUUAUACCACGUGGUCAAUGAGAGUACAGUGUGCUUGAUGGGACACGAACGACGGCAGACAUUAAAUCUUAUUUCUAUGCUUGCACUGAGGGUGCUUGCCGAACAGAACGCCAUCCCCACAGUUACCAACGUCACAUGCUAUUACCAGCCGGCAGCUUACGUGCGAGACAUCAACUUCAAUAACUACUACAUCGCUCACGUGCAGCCGCUGGUGCACACCUGCAGUAGUUCCUACCCAACGUGGCUGCCCUGCAACUGACCCUGAGGACCUCUGAUAAAAAUCAAUUUCCCAUGCGGUGAAGACGAUAUGCAAGCAAGUGAAUAUAUAAACUGUUUUUCUGCAAACACAAAAAUGGAUGUUUAGGAGGAGAUUUUCCAAACAAUGGCAAUUGUUUUUAUGUUAAAUGUGAGGUAUAUAGAACGACUGCUCACUGCUGUAUGUCUGAUUUGAGCCGAUCCUUACAUAUUCUGUUCUGCAGAGUGGAUGAAGAUCUUUUUCACAUGUAGCAGGAAAAAAAAAUGUAUUCUCUAAACUCAUUAUAGAUUUGCAGGUUAUGUAAGUGGGGAAAGAAGGCUGCAUUCUGCGUUGUGAAGCUAUAUAUGUUUUUUUUUUCUUUUAUUGCCAGACUGUGGUUUCAAUCAACCUCUCUUUUGCUUGGUUUUUUAAGGACCAAAGAUAUUUUAUUUUCGUUGUUCAAAAAGAAAGGAAUGUUUGCUGUUGUAAUUCCAAGUGCCUAAAAACAUUGUACAAAAAAAGAAAAGUGAGACCUGUGCUUUCUAAAACCAUUUUUCUGUCUCCGUGUUAAUUGUAAAACUCUAUUUUCAGGGAUGGAGGCAUGUAUUUCCAUGUGAUUAAAAAAAGCACAAAACCUA